GGCAACUUACAUAUAUUGUGUUAGUCUGGUAAGCCCAUGUGGGUCACUCGAAAUUUUAUGUAAUUUAAACAAUGACACAAACCGAUCACUCACCAAGCAGUAAUUCUAAAAUUGGUCUUGCGGACACCUGGGCAAUUCGAACGUGUCACUUGUACAAAGAUGAGUAUGACGAUUGUGUCAGUUUCAAAGCUCGUUUCCAUCAAUAUUUCAUUUUUGGACGGGACUCAGAUUGCUCCCAAUGGUUAAAAGACUACAGAAAUUGUGAACGCUACCAGCAAUCUAAUGGCAACGAUUUAGAUGCUGGCCAAGCUGUUAUUCAAAGUGAAGAGCAUCGAAGACUUGCUCGACUAAACGCACAUUAUGCAAACGACACUUGGGAGAAAAGGAAACAACCACCACAGGAUUGGGCAAAUCCUCUGCCGGCGUGGCUAGAAAAGCGAAAUGAAAAUACUUAUUUGGAAAUGAAGCAAAAGGAGCUGUCAGGACUGGCAUUGACGAAGGAAGAGGAGCAAAGUUUUUGUGCUAUUAUGUGAAAUUAAACUGCAAUUUGAAAUUUAAUAUAACAUUGUUUAGUUAUUAUUAAAAGAACGGAAUAUAUUUCAAACGUUAAAAAACUAAA